UGCCCCCCUCCUAUUCUGCCUUCUUCUCAGACUGAAGACUUUCCCAUGCUGCUCUCCGAACUUGUGUGCAAAACUGUGCCUUUGGAUGCUCCUGUCUGCUAUUCGAGGUGCCUUGCAUGAUCUAGAUCCGAAGUUAUUGGUGCGGAGAGCUGAAUACGUGUCGUCAUGGAGUGGUUCUUGAGGAGCUUGUGAAUCUUCACAUGGCCGAACCCACAGCUAGUCUCAUGACGAUCGCCGAUGUUUUCGCGUCCGAGCACAUAAAAGAUGCGGUACACGCCAUGACCUAGAAUUUCUUCCUACGCUCAACUACUACGAACUGUGAAGCACAAUGUCUGUCGUUUUGACAAGAACUGGUAUAAAGAUGCCGCUUGUAGGCUUUGGUCUCUGGAAGGUUGACAAACCUACAUGUGCUGACACUGUAUACGCUGCAAUCAAAGCCGGCUAUCGACUUCUCGACGGAGCGGGUGACUACGGAAAUGAAAAAGAAGCCGGAGAAGGAGUUCGACGUGCCAUCGCUGACGGUUUGGUGAAACGAGAAGACUUGUUCAUUACUUCUAAACUAUGGAACACUUUCCAUGCCAAGGAGCAUGUCAAACCGAUGGCUGAAAUGCAGCUCAAGCUUUGGGGAAUCGAUUAUUUUGAUCUUUACUUGACCCACUUCCCCUGCUCACUUGCCUACGUUGAUCCCGCACAUAGGUACCCACCCGAGUGGUGGGGUGAUGACAAGAAGACUGUAACGCUCGCUAACGUACCAUACCAAGAAACCUGGACCGCCAUGGAAGAACUUGUGGACGCAGGAGUCGCGAAGAACAUCGGUGUCAGUAAUACGCAAGGAUCGCUCAUCUUGGACGUAAUGAAAUAUGCUCGCUACCAGCCGCAAGUCCUCCAAGUGGAGUGUCAUCCCUAUCUAUCUCAGGACCCUCUCGUCAAGCUAGCAAAGACACUUGGCAUCGCUGUAACCGCGUACUCGUCUUUCGGUCCCCAGAGUUACUUCGAACUCGGUAUGGGAGAGGGUGUUACCGCUUUAUUUGACCAGGAUGCGGUUGCCUCUGCUGCGAAGCGACUUAAAAAAUCUCCCGCACAAGUCCUACUUCGCUGGGCUACUCAACGAGGCCUCGCGGUCAUUCCCAAGACCAACAACGAGAAGAGAUUGAUGGAAAACCUUGACUGUUUAUCCUUUGAUCUCACGGAACAAGAGCGUGACGCCAUCAACAAACUGAACAAGAACAUCCGACUGAACGAUCCCGCCGAUAUCGACCCAAGGCUUGCUAUCUUUGCUUAAGCGUGUUCACGUUGAAAUUCGGUUUAAAUAUCUGUCUGGAAAAGGACGUGUACAUAUUAUGUUUGCUCAAUCCGAAAGCCCUAUCUUUGCGAGGCGCAUUUGGAUCGGUCCAGCCACU